CCUGCAUACGUUUUUUUAUUUUUAUUUUUAUUUUUUUCAGUAAAUAGUGGAAGUUGUGUUCGUCAACAGCUUUCGUCCGGUCUUGGAUUGCAUAGUUGAUCAAAUAUUCUAGUGGUUCUCUUGAUACCAUCCAUCGCCAGUAACACGACCGCGAAAUCACGAGACAAUGGCGGCAGCUACACAGAAGUCAUGUCUGCAAAAGCUAGAAGAGAUGCUUGAUGUUGACGUCGACGACAUGGACGCCGACUACAUCCGGUCCAUGCCCAUCAAGCCCCACGACCAGACGAGCAACCAAGCAUUUGUAGAUGUUGCGCUUGCCCAGGAGUCCAACAAGGACCUCGUCUUCCAAGUCGCCACCGAGAUGAAGGGAUCAGACUGGCUGGCCGUUUACACCAGGAUCGCAGUCCUCAUGUGCAAGAAGAAUUUAGACCUCAUCAGCGGCCGCGUGCUUCUGCAAACCUCGCCGUCCAAGGCCUACGACACGGCCGCCACGCUCGCCCACGCCCGUCUGUACGACGCCGAGUUCACCCGCGCCGGCGUCCCGCGUGACCGCUUCUGCAUCAAGAUCCCCAGCACCGGACCCGGACUAAACGCGGCCAAGGUCCUGCAGGGCGAGGGCAUCUCCACGUUAGGAACGGCGCUGUUCAGCGUCGUGCAGGCCGUUGCGUGCAGCCAGGCUGGGUGCUUGAGCAUCAGCCCCUACUUUAAUGAAAUUUACGCCCAUGACCUGUCGAAGCGCGACCAAGUUUGGCCCAAGACCACGGACCCUGUGACGCAGCAUCCAAUGGCACCGCGCCUUGUCCACAUCCUCGAGACGUACCGUCGUUUAUACAAGGAGACGGGCAAGAUGCAGCCGUUGGUCAAGAAUGCGAGCUUCAUCUCCGUCGAAGAAGCCAUGGCCGCGGCCGAGAUGGGCUGCCAGUCCGCCACCCUGUCGCGCGAGAUCCUCACCAAGCUCGCCGAGACGCCCUACGACGCAAACACGCAGCCAGGCGAGGGACGGCCCAAACCGCCUCACGCAUACAAUGCCCCGGAGCCCCUCCCGGCACGCCUCCAGCCCUUGUUGAAGCACGACCCUCUGACCGAGGGCUGGGACGGCAGCUCGCCCAGCACAGACGUGGAUUAUCUGGCAGAUGGGGGCGCGGCGCUGCAGGCGGCCAUCGAGGCGGACCCCGCCACCCAGAAGAGGGUCCGUGAUGCGCUCGAGUUUUUUGUCGACGCCGAGGAGCGCAGCAGGAAGAGGAUCGAGACGGUUAUGGCGGCCGUGGCUUGAGGUGACGGAUGUGGGUUUCUAGAGUGAAUUCUUUUAGGCAAAGUGGAGAGAGAGGUCUAUGGUCUACCACCACGUAUGUAAAGAGUAUGAAACAUCCUCUAUCACUAUCCACUUGGUGUGUCCCUACAAAUAAUCCGGCUCAUAUGGGUGGGUGCGUUCAGCUG